UUAUAACAUGUGAUGUACAUCAGACGAUAAAGUAGACAGUUCAACAAUUUGAUUGGUUGUUUACUGCAUGCAUCUAACGAGCAAUUUCAUUGGUCGAUUUAUCCACCAUGAAUAGAUUCACUGAUCAACAUUUAUUUAUUUUUUUAUUCACUUCAAAUUCUUAAGUUAUGUAAAUAAAAGAGAGAGAGAAACAAGGUAUUUUAUGAUAUCUCAAGAUAUAUAAAGCUACUUGAUGUAUUCCACAUGAUGGGAAAAACUCAGCAAUCAUGGUUACUAUGGUCAAUCUUAAGUUUAUUUUAUUAUCAAUGUAAUGCUAAAGAUCAUAUUACUGCAUUAGUAAAAAAUCAAUAUUUUCAUAAUACAUUCGAUAAAAAAUAUGACGAUUUUGUCAAUUCCCUGAAUCAUUUAAUCGCUAACAAUGUAUACAAUAACUUAACUCUGCCUGCAAAAGAAUCCACCUGUUCAAAGGAUCUUCGACAUCUUAUCAAUGGAAUAUUUCAAAGAAAGAUUUGGGCAUUACAAUGGUUAGAUGCUUCAGUACAUCCACCACCAGGAAUCACGGGAGGUGCAAUGCAUUGGAUGGGAAGUUAUGAUGUCUGUCUUGAAUGUAAAGGAUAUAAUUCAUCUGGUGAGGAACAAUUUCGUGGUUCAUAUUGUACAAUGGUGUUCUUUUUGAAUAUCUCUGUACCAGUUGUUCCGGAAUUAAGUGCAACAGUUGGAUUAUGCAUGCCUAAUUCGUGUUCUAGUGAAGAAGUGAGAAAUAUUGUCAAUGCAACAUCAUACUUAUUCUUUGCUGAAAUGCUUCAAAAUGAAAGCUUCUGUCAUCGACCUGUUUCAGAAGUUAAUAAGGAUGCAUGGUAUUACAUAGCUGUAUCAAUAUGUUCAAUACUAGUAAUAUUUGUUAUAGCCGGAACAAUCACAGAUUUAUGUUUUUAUAUUAAAUGGUUUCGAGAGAAACAAUCUAUUAGAGAAUAUACAAGAUUGAAUCAUACUCAUGAGACAAAUCUAAAUGAAAAUUCAAACGUGAAUGAAGAGUACAGUCAACAUUUCAGCGAAUCAGACAGUAGAAUUGUCUACCAUGAAAAUCAAUCUAGAUCUGGUGAAAAAGAUUCUGAAAGUUUUAUGGCCUAUCGAAAAUAUAUGCUACAAACUUAUCCUCAGUUUAAUAUACUUUGUGCUUUUUCCUUACCUGUAAAUUCUGUUAAAUUGUGUGCAAAACGAAUUCAAGAAAGCACUGAAAUGUUUGAUGAAAGAAGAAAGAAGAUUUCUUUAGAAUUUCUUGAUGGAAUAAGAGUUAUAUCAAUGAUAUGGAUUAUUACAGGACAUAUUCUAUUACAUGGUUAUAAGUUAACAAAUAAUUUGAAAUCAUUAGCUGAAGCAUUUCAACAUGUAUGGAUAUUUGGAAUAUACUUCAAUGCACAUUUAGCACCAGAUACAUACUUCUUCAUAUCGGGAUUACUUAUGUGUUAUAUGUGCUUGCAAAGGUUGAAAAAUGUAGUUGGUGUAAAAAAGCGAAUAAAAUUCUGGUCAAUGAUGGCGUUACAUCGAUUUGUCAGACUAACUCCAGCCUACCUAUUAGUCAUCAUUAUUUUCACUGGAUUAUUAAUUCAUGUGUAUGAUGGACCAUUCUUCCCUCAAGAUCUGAAUACAACUGUAAUGGCAAAUUGUCGAAAAAACUGGUAUAUUUUAUAUUUGAAUAAUUUGAUUAACUCAGAAUCCAUGUGUUUAAACUGGUCGUGGUAUAUUGCAAACGAUAUACAAUUCACAAUUAUUUUGGCACCAAUCUUCAUCACCUUGAUCAUGUGGAGACGACUGGCAGGAAUUAUACUGGCAUUGUCAAUAAUUAUAUCUUCCUCAGUAAUCACUUACUGUGUUGCAUAUGAUAAUUCAUACGGUAUUAUGCAAAUAGCAAAGCAGGAAAUCUAUAUAAGACCAUAUGCUCGGUGUGGAACCUACACGAUUGGAUUACUAACCGGUUGGCUGUUAUACGAUUAUCCGAGAUUAAGAAUUCGGAAAGUGUUAAAACAUCAAAUUCUUAUUGGUGCAUGUAGUCUCCUGCUGAUAGCAUGUCUCUGUAUCCUGCCGAUAUUUGGUUCUUACGGUGUACUGAGUGGAUUGUUGCCUGAUAUGCCACGAAGGACAGCAGCUUUUUAUCUAGCCUCAGAACGUGUAUCAUUUGGUCUUGGUUUGGCUAUAUUAGUUUAUCUGUGUGCAAUAGGAUGGGCAAAUCCAAUCUAUAAAUGUUUUGCAUGGUCUGCUUUUCGUGUACCAGCUCGCCUUACUUAUUGUGCCUAUCUAAUACAUCCUGUUAUUGUUACUAUUUUUAUUGAUGGUACUCAAUCUCCAUUCAUUAUCGAUCAGUUGAAAACUGUCCAGUUGACCGCUUCCAUAACAGUAUUCAGUUAUUUCUUCGCCUAUAUUAUAUCAAUGAUGGUUGAAUAUCCUUCAGUUGCAAUCGAGAACUAUCUACGAGGUUGACUACCAGUCAAUUCACCAAAUCUGAAGAUGUUUAUGUGAUUGAUAAACUUUUUUUAUGCACCUUUUUUCAAUUUCCCGUAAACUUCUUUUAUAUAUAUAUAUAUAUAUGCAAAAUAUGCCUUACCAGUGUAUUAACCUAAAGAAAAGAAGAUAUCCUGAACAUUAUUUUCACAUGACAAAAACUCCGACAAGACUUUGUAUGUUAUUUCUGUCUUUCUUGUGUUGAGGCAGGCUUUAUAAUAUCACAUUUUAUCAUUUGUAUUAGAUAAUGCUCUAUGCGAAGAAUUUAUUUCUUGGUUUAUUGAGACUAUUCAAUUAGGUUUAAGAAAUGUAAUCAAUACUUUUGUAACAACAGAAGACAAAAGGCGGGAAACAGAUCCUUAUUACGGAAAUCAACACGU